AUGAUUCCUUACACUCAAGAACAAAGCUCCCUGCUGCCGCCAUGUCAUGAUCUUGCUCCAAGGUUAAAUAGUGAUCCUAACACCAUCCCUCCCAUCUCUAUCCUCCAAGAUAUGCCCAACAGUGAGGAUAGCCUAGAUGAGGCCGAUAUUCAAGCCAUCUACCCACCAUAUCCGCUGGUGCAUAGGGCACCAAUCAAACCCGCUAUUCUGCCAAUUGAACUGGCCAUUCUCAUCCCUCUACCCCUGCUCCUGCUCCAGCCCCUGUCUGUUGCACAGGCCACUCAGAUUGAAGGCGAGGACGGGUAUAAUUGGGAAGUUGAGGGUGGACUGACUACGGAAAAGCGGAAGCUAGACAACUAA